AUGAUUUCAUUAGGUCAAUUUGGUCGUUUGUUUCAUUGUUCUCUUAAUGAUUCAUCAAUAAAUAUUUCAACACAAAAUAUCUAUGGUAAAACUGUAAAUUCAUCUGCAACGUCAACACAACUCAAUCAAAUGUUACAUGAUUGUUGUUUAUUUGCUGCACUAAAACAUUCGACUAUUAAUAGUCCAUUAGGCAUUGUCUAUAAGAAUGAAUUAUCACCAUAUCCAUUAAUUGUAUAUCCAUAUAGUAACAGAGGAAUUCUUAAACGAUUUAUUAUUCAAAAUCGAACAAGUGCUCGUGAACAAUUGUUAUCAACACAAGAAUUGGUUUAUAUGGCUAUACAUAUAGCCAAAGGUUUACAUUUUCUGCAUAGACGUAAAAUGUUAAUGAAAGAUAUAGGUACACGGAAUUGCUUAGUCAUGGAUGAUUUGACGGUGAAACUAACUGAUUAUGCUCUGUCACGUGAUCUUUUUCCACAAGAUUAUGAUUGUCUUCCAAUGGAUAUUCCAACUGAAAGUCGUCCGUUAAAAUUUAUGGCUAUUGAAUCAAUCAAUGAUCGACGUUUUUCAACAGCUUCAGAUGUUUGGUCAUACGGUGUACUUCUCUGGGAAUUGAUGAGUCGUGGUUUACAACCCUAUGCUGAUAUUGAAUCAUAUAACCUGAUCUCACAUCUACAAAAUAAUCAUCGUCUUGUACAACCAAUUAAUUGUCCUGAUUCCUUAUUCAAAUUAAUGAGUGCAUGCUGGAUAACUUCAAUUGAUCAACGUCCAUCUAUGACUUCACUUCUUCAAUUGUUAAUGGAAUUUUAUGGACAACUAGCUCGUUUCAUUUAA